ACACGCUCACUUUCGGAGUUCGUCCUUCUCUCACUAUCACCGCAGACUUCACCGACGUCUCCUCCUGAGAACACGACUUCAGCCCAAAGUCUGGAUUUUUAGGAAGACCCACGCAGCUCGGACCCCGUUCGUCCGUGGACGAUGCCUCUCUGUUUAGGAUUCCGGUCCAGUCUCCAGCUGACUGCAGCAACAGUGCGGACCGUCAUGGAUCCUUAUGAGCUGUGAAGCCUGAGCAUGACGGCAGCGAGUCCCGUCUGCAGCCCGGCGUCCUCCCACUAUUCCCAGUCAUCCUGCCUCUGCCUCCCAGGAUGCCACAGACACCUGAGGAAAGGUGGGGCUCUGCGUAGCAACCUACACCUUCGCUCUGCCCCGGGAGUGUGGCUGCUGCUGGGUGUGGGGGUUGUGCUGGUGGGCAUGACUGUGGCUGUGGCCGGAUACAUUUCGGCUGCGCCAAAGUCUGCGGUGGGGCGUGGAAGCUCCCACAUCGAGAGGAUGAAGCUGGCCGGUCCCGUGGUCAUGGGCGUGGGCUUGUUCAUCUUCAUCUGCGCCGCUACUCUGCUGUACGAAAACAGGGACCGUGAGAACAUCAGGCUGGAGUCUCUGGAUGAUUUGGAGGAUCUGAAAGGAGGACUCAGUUGGGAGGACUCGCCAGAGCAGGAGCAGUGGGAGUGCAAAGAAGGGCAUCAAGGAUCCUGGGCUUCUCCGGUGCACACUCUUCCUCUGACCAAGACGGCUCCUCCUGCCCCUCAGAAGAGCAGACACCCCAUCAGCAAACUUCUGCUGGAGGGAAAACAGGAGGUGUACAGAAAGCAGGAGGGGGAUGAGAAGAAGCAGCAGGAGGGGAGAUCAACGCUGCUGGCCAGAGUUCUGCACCACCAGGAGCCCACUCCCUACUCCUCCUCCUCGUGCCCGUCCAUCUCGCACACCUCCAUCUGCUCCGACUCCUGCAACUCCAGCGAGCUCAACUUCAACAUACGGACUGGCUCUCCUCUGAUGCCUGAAGUCCUUGUAGCUGCUGCUUCCAGACAGCUGUGAUGUGGAACACAGGCUCAUUAACAGCUCUGCUAGCAGGUCAUGCUGCGUUCAAGUCCGCAGUGUCCCAUCGCCUCUGAAGACAUUACAAAUCCACUGUAACCUGCUGUCAUUAUGAAUCAAAUUAAAGCCUGCUUUUAUA